ACUUUCUCCGUAGUGGCGCGAAAAGGAGCCGGAGAUGGGGCCGGGGAUUAUGGAUGCCGUGGUGGCCGACCUCAAGGUCUUCGGGCUGGACUUCGCGGAGGGGGAAGACAAGGACGCGAUUGCCGAGAAAUUGGAAGAAUUCUGCAUGGCGGGGUGGGUGACCGAGCCGGAAUUAGGCAACGAGCUGAUCGCUUUUGCCAUGCGCAAGGAAACCCUGCUUCUGACGCUGGAGAAUUUGCAUGCCUUCGAACACGAGGGGCUGAACAAGAGAGUCACGAGGCCCCCCAAGAGGAAGGAGGGCCGCUGGUCCGGCGUGGGGGACGUCAGCUCCGUUCAAGAGCCUCUGGAUGUCGACGAGGAAGAGGAGGACUUGCUGGGUGCAUACGCGUCGCCCUCCAAACCUGCUCAGAAACGUGCCAUCACCACGCCGGAGAACCCCCAUUCCAAGCGGACCCUCUCCGGCCGCAGCCCCCGCCUGAACUUCUCGCCCAACAGCUUCUCGCCCAGUGUGACCCCUUCCCAGAAGUACAGCUCCCGGAAGAAUCGUGGCGAAGUUGUCGCCUCUUUUGGGUCGGCACCGAGUGCCAGAAGCGCCGGAUCUUCCCUCUCGGUUCGAGUCUACAACGCCCCCCAUUCGCUCACCAAACCGUACAAAUUCAUGUUCCAGGAUCUGAUGGAGAACCGUGAUGCGCUCUCCUAUAAGAUAGAAGAACUCGGCGAAGCCCUAAAGGCGCAUUACAAAAUAGAAGAAUUUUCCUCCGUGAAUGUGCCUCUGCAGGAGCCUGUGACCGUCUUAGGCCAGAUUGGUUGCGAUUCGAACGGGAAGCUGAACCCCCAAUCGGUCAUCCUCGAAGGGGACCGUGAACACUCGUCGGGGGCCCUAAUCCCGGUUGACGUAUCCGAGCUCUCGAACUAUUCGCUGUUCCCAGGACAGGUUGUGAUCAUGGAAGGGAUGAACAGCACCGGCAAGAGGCUGGUCGCGACCAAACUGUACGAGGGGGUACCACUUCCCUUCCACAAGCCAACAGAAGCAGCCACAGAUUCGGAGCCACGGAUGGUCUUGGUCGCCUGCGGUCCCUACACCACUUCAGACAGCGUCGCCUAUGAGCCCAUGGUGGAUCUGAUCGAGGUCAUCAAGAAGGACAAGCCGGACGUUUGCAUUUUGCUUGGACCGUUCCUGGAUGCGAAACACAAGCAAGUCGAGGAAGGGCAGUUCAUCCUUUCGUACGACGAGGUCUUCAGGAGGUGCUUGAAAACAAUUAUCGAAGGAACGAGGAGCGCCGGCUCCCACCUGGUUGUAGUUCCUUCCUUGAGAGACGUGCAUCACCUUUGCGUUUAUCCCCAGCCACCUUUUGCCUACGAACUCCCCAAAGAGGACCAACAG